AUGCCUCCCAAGCAAGAGACUUUCGAAUUCGUCAAUGGUGCUGUCAAACCAGUACUCAACGGCAAGAAUUUCUUUGGUUGGCAUCAAGCCGUCCUUGACGCUGCCUAUGCAGGAGGUUAUGUCGAUAUCCUCCUUAGCAAGUCCAAGAAACCCGUCGAUCCAUCCAUCAGGCGCACCGAGAUCACCAUCAAGAAAGAGCCGGCAGUCGAGCCCGCUCAAGUCCCUCUGCCAAGUGAGGCAGAAGAUAAGGGACAGGAAGGUGACGGUGGCAAAAGUGGUGAGGAUAAGAAAGCAGAGGACAAGAAGGCAGAUGAUGAAGAGGACGUGAUAGAGGUAGAUGAGAAGGGCAAAGUAAUUAGUAUGGAUCAGAGGAGGAGGGAAUUCUUGCUUUGGGAAAAGCGUAAUCAAGAAGCUCUCUCGCUCCUUCUACGAUCAGUCGAUGAAGCAUUCCAUUGGCAAAUCAACGGCAUGGAACUUGCUUCCGAAGCGUGGUCACUCAUUUGUGACGCACACCAGUUUAAACAAGCAUCAGUCAUUACCGACCUACGAACUGAAUUAUCCAAGUUCUAUCUGUCAGAUGGUGGUGACAUGCAAGAACAUCUACGUCGUUUUGGAACUCUAGUAGAACGUGGGAUCAAGUCAGGUCUCCCAGAGUUUGCAACCGACACAGCCCGCUGUGACAUACUUAUAUCCGUCGUGAUUUUCACAAUCUUCCAUCCAACAAACAAACCUUCCGCGCUCUACAUGCUAUGUACCUAG